AUGGCAAUUCCCCAAACAAUGAAAGCUGUGGUGGUUGAAGGCGACAAGGCGAUUGUCAAAAACGAUGUUGCCGUUCCAAAGGUUUUCGGAACGCAGUUUUUGGUCAAGGUUAAGGCUGCAGCUGCUAACCCAACCGACUGGAAACACGUCGACUUUAAAAUCGCUCCUCAAGGCUCAAUCCUGGGCUGUGAUUCUGCCGGGGAGAUCGUCGAACUGGGUCCAGAUGUUGACAGAACCCGCUUCGCUGUGGGUCAAACGGUUGUUGGGGUCGUUCACGGCGGGUCUGUGAAAUUUCCCGAAAACGGCGGAUUUGCCGAGUACGCUCUGUUAGACUCUCUUCUUUCUUACCAAUUGGAUCUAACUCCAAGCAAAGCCAAGCACAUUCCAGAAGGUCCCGUCAAAAACUUUGAAUCUGCUGCCUCGCUGCCAGUUUCGCUUCUUACCGCGUCCGCGGUUCUGGAUGUCCACCUCGGAAGUAAAUGGGAAUGGGAGCCCAAGUCUCCUCAACAUGACUUUCCGCUCUUGAUUUGGGGUGGUGCCACCGGCGUCGGACAACUGCUCAUUCAGGUGGCCAAGCAGAUCCACGCUUAUUCCAAGAUUGUAGUUGUUGCCUCCAAGAAACACGACUCGGUUUUGAAGCAGUACGGGGCCGAUGACACCUUCGACUACCACGACAGCGACGUUAUCGAGCAACUUCACAACAAAUACGGUGGCUUCAAGCACUUGGUAGACUGUGUCUCCAAUCCGGGAACUUUCGAGCAGGUUUACGAGUGCGCAUCCUCCAACGCUACUAUAGUACCAUUGAUGUUAUUUUCCGAGGACGCAAUUCCCGAAGCCAAAAGAAAACAGGGCAUCAAGGUCGACCCCGCUCUGCUAUACUUAGUAUCGGGUCAAGAAAUUCCGUUUGGAUCUGUCACCGUUCCCGCUAGACCUGAAUACCGCACCGAAACAGCCAAAUUCAUUAAGUUUUCGGAACCCAGACUUAAGAAUGGUAAAUUGCACCACAUCCCGAUCAAAAUCUCCGACGGUAUAGUAAGCGUUCCUAAGAUCAUGGAAGAUGUGAAGCAGGGAGUAAAUUCGGGCGAAAAGUUGGUAGCUUCGUUCUAA